CCAUUCCUACCUUUUCUUUCUUUAUUAAUUUCGAAAAAAUAUCAGCAAAAAAAAACAUAAAAUAAAAGGCAUCCAAAAUCUGUGCCUCUUUUGCUUUACUAUAUAUUCUGCGACCUACCGAGCUUCUGGUCCGCAAGGACGCAAAGCUCCGCGAUUUGCAUCUGAGAUGGCGUCGUCGGCGCAACUCCGGCUCAUGUCCGAUCUCAGAACCAUCAUCAACGAGCCCCCCGAGGGUUGCAGCGCCAGCCCUCUGUCUGAUGACAAUCUGAUGGUGUGGAGCGCCACCAUAUUCGGGCCUGAUGAGACCCCAUGGGAAGGUGGUGUUUUUAGCUUGAGGUUGACAUUUAGUGAACGUUAUCCCGAAAAGCCGCCUCGGGUUCGUUUCACCUCCGAAAUUUUCCAUCCAAAUGUUUAUCGUGAUGGUUCACUGUGCAUGGAUAUAAUUCAGGAUGCAUGGUCACCAUGCCACAAUGUAUCUACGAUUUUGACGUCUGUUCAAUCACUUCUCACUGAUCCAAACGCUGCAAGUCCAGCAAACCCUGAUGCUGCUCACAUGUAUCAGCAUGAUAUACAAGCUUACAACAAGAGGGUACGCCGUUGUGCUCGUCAUUCCAUUGAGUCUUUGCAGUAGCACUUUGAAAUUAUUAUUCGUGUCUACUUUUUUAACACUUUUGGAGAAGGCUUUGUUUUUGCUUUAUGCCUAUCCGCAGCUCGUGUAUCUCGCUCUUAUGGUUGAAUGUAAUCUUAUAUACACUAUUUAAAGUUGACGUCAAUAUAACACAUAAAGUCAUGUUUAAAUUUCA